AUGUGUUCUGCAUACAGUUUAAGGGAGGGAAUGAUAAGACUAUUAGAGUUAACGUUCCGUGGCUUGGAGGUUAUUGAACUUGAAAAUUUCAACGCAGCAUCAUCAAAUGACAUUGCAAGUGUUCAUACAAGAGCCUAUGUAUUAGGCCUUGAGAAGGCUAUGGAUCAAGCCUUAAAACAGGGAAUUAUUUUGAUUGAAGGCUCUGGGCCAACAUACGCAACUGUUGAUACGUUCCAGGAAUCACUGGUUGCAGCUGGAGCAGGAAUUGCCUUAAUUGACGCAGUGGUCCAAAUGAGCAAUUCGAGCAUAUAUCGUUCUUAG